UCCGGCUUAGUUUGCGACCGUUACUGCCGUAUUUCGUAGUGCUCGUGUACUUGGGAGGUUUGGGUCCAGUGGCAGUGGUAGUGUCUUUCUUUGGUAGCAAUAGGUAGUUGGUGGCCAUUGUCCUCUGGGCUGAGAUGAACCGCAUUCCCAGUUAAGGCAGGAGAGCCGGGCCCGAAACAUGGCCAGUACAGUGAUAGCAGUUGGACUGACCAUUGCUGCUGCAGGAUUUGCAGGCCGUUAUGUUUUACAAGCCAUGAAGCAUAUGGAACCUCAAGUAAAACAAGUUUUUCAGAGUCUACCAAAAUCAGCCUUCAGUGGUGGCUAUUAUAGAGGUGGAUUUGAACCCAAAAUGACAAAACGGGAAGCAGCAUUAAUACUAGGUGUCAGCCCUACUGCCAAUAAAGGAAAAAUAAGAGAUGCUCAUCGGCGAAUUAUGCUCUUAAAUCACCCAGACAAAGGAGGAUCUCCUUAUAUUGCAGCCAAAAUCAAUGAAGCUAAAGAUUUACUAGAAGGUCAAGCUAAAAAAUGAAGUAAAUGUUAUGAAUUUUCAGUUUAUACUAGCUUAUGUAUGAGUACCAACUUUUUAUAAUAAAACACUUGAGCUACA